AUGUCAUUCAGGCGAUGUGGAGAGGCAACACAACAACAGCGUGCGACGCACUGUGUGCUGAGGCAGUCGAGGAGAGACAGACUGUUUGCACUGAUGCACACAACACCACGUGACAGCAACAACAGCAGUGUCUGUGCGAGUAAAGGAAUUUUGUGUGGAGUGAUGAGAGGGGUGUGUGGUGGAGUCAAUGGAAGUGACGACUAUCAAGGGCGUGAAGUGAUAAGUGUGAUGAGUGUGCCGACGAUGUUGUGUGAUGGAAGGGAGUGGACCUCCCACAAAAUGCCGUGUUAUAGUGAGGAUGAGUGUGAGAAGUGUGUUUAUGUAGUCCACUUUGUCUUUGUAGUGCGUCUUUUGAUGAUUCUUGUACGUGAGAGGCGGUGUGUGACGUGUGUGAUAGAGACGAUGUGUAGUCUGUGUGUGUCAGAGCGUGUUGUGUGUUGGUUGCUCACACGAGUUGAUGUGAUAGAGGAGUGUUGUCUGUGUGAUGUGUGUUGUAGUGAUGAUGUGUGUUGUGGUGUGUCGGCACUGCUCGCAACACUCAGCGAGUCGCUCACUUUCAACACAACACACAUCAAAAGUGCUCUUCGUCUUGUCGGCGUUCUCUCGCAUUGCAGCAAUGAUGUGGUCUUUCUCAACACGACGCGUGCGAUGUGUUCUCUUCUCAAGCGCAAUGAAUGCGCUGAUGCCGUCAUGCGCAGUGGUUAUGUGAUGUGCUGUCUCAUCAAAUUAUCAAAAGCAUCGCAUCAAAGCGACAGCAACGAUGCCAAAGAGAGUGGCAACACACAACAUCUCUCUGUUGCAUUGGAAGCACUCGAAUAUCUGACACACCACAUCGUUUGCAGUCACACACCAUCAGACUUCAUCAAAAUCCUCAAAGUUCUUUCUGAAGUGAUUGCAACACAACAAAUGUGUGUUGUCACUCGUAUCUUUGACAUCACCCGUUAUGCACUUGCCUCACAUGACACUGCUGUGAUCAAAUGUAUCACACAAAGUCGCAUCUUUUCGAUGUGUUGUGAUGUGUUGUGUUGUUGGAAUUUGUCCAUCUUCACUGAAGCGGCUCAACUGCUUGCUGCUGUGAUCGAUGCCAAUUUGUCAUCACAAACACUGUCUGACACUCAUGUCAUUUGUGCUAUGAAUUGUGUCCUCAUGUCUCAACAAGUGACUCCAACUCUCAUCAUCAUCACAUCUUUGCAUCAAACACUUCACACUCUCAACAUCACUACAACACUCUCUCUAUUGUCAGCGUUCAAUCAAUUUGGGCUGACUGACACUAUCAAGUCUUUGGCUUCUUCACAUCACACAAAACUCGCACUGCCAGCUCUCAAUCUCUUUCGUCUCUGUGAACUUUUAUAUGCUAAAAAUCAAUGA